UAAAAGAUACUUAAAAACAAAUUAAAAGGCAAUUUUGUUGUGGUUGAUUGUCGUGACUGAAAUCAAUGAUCCAUCUAGAAAAAGGCUGUCGUGAGUCCUGGGAUUCACACAACCAACAAUCUAGGAAUACCAGGCCCAAGAGUGUAAGUUCAUGGACAUAUACAACUAUUGUACGAAUUUAAAAAGCACCAUGACAGCCUUAUUCUGCUUUCUUACACCUUUUCUAAUUUGCACUGCCUCAAAUGACCUUCUUAACUGAGGGCCUUGGAAAGAUAUUUGGUGUUCUUACAGACCAGCAUGUUGAAAGAGCAUAGUAUCUUGAAACUUUUCUGCACUGGGCCUCCUUGCUCAUUCCAUUGGGCUUCUUAGCUUCCAUGCAGAUUAACAAGACGUGAAAUUGCCAUCUUUAUUGUACACCAGCGACAUCAGUACUUUUUCAGCCACAGCUUGACAAAUGUUUGUCCGUUAGAACUGGAAGGCAUUCUGUUGUCGAGAUUUUUUCCUCAUUUGCAUCCACCCAGUAACGUACAUGCAGCACUUGCAGUGACUGCCAACUUAAAUCAUUCAUGACAUUAUUAUUUUGUGUUAAAUGUCAGUAAUUUACACAGGCUAAUAACUUAUUGUUUUAGGAAAUUUGUUUACGAGCUCCAUAUAAACAGUACUGCAGACAACAAGCACGUAUUGGUCUGUAUAGAAAUUCCCUUCAGAACUGUAGUGGGUUUAAACAUAUCAACAUCACCUACAGUCGAUGUCAUCAUGGAGGUGGACACUGUACCAGCCAUGUGGCAGGGAAAAGAAGUACUUCAGCAAAGACGAAAUGGGACAACUUGUUCCAGAAUUCAAUACAAUACUUUACACACAGUAGACUUGACUGAUGGCCAGUUAUCAAAAGUACCAUACCACAAGUUAACCCUCUCAAGCUCAUCAAUAGCAAUCAGGAACCACCUCAUGAACUUUGAUCAAAGGUUUUCCACUCUUCUGAAAAAACCAGUCAAGAUUGAUUACAACAAACCACCUCCUACUGAACUGAAACUCGAAAAAUCAUCAAAGCGAAAGAAAAGAAACCAAGACUUGAGUGAAGAAUCUCCAAUACACAAUCUGGAACCAAGCCCAAAAUCUCAGCAGUAUUACCAAACAAGUGAUUCCCUGAAAGUUUGCUGUUGCACCUCAGGCUGUACAUCAAAGCGUUGUAGCUGCAUAAGGGAACAGAGAAAGUGUCGGGAUUGCUCUUGUGUAUCAUGUGACAACCCUUUAAAUAUUCUGGAAGAAUUUGGAGUAAACUUGGCUGAGGCUUGCAGUGACAGCUGUCUAAUGCAGAAUUUACCAAAGGUAAACUGCAUGUGCAUGUAUAUUCAGUUGCAAUAGACUAUGUCAAGUAAAACUAUUUCUGCUGUACUUCAAGUGUGUGUUGUAAU